UUUAUGUGAACAUGUGUUUUCAUUGAGGCGGAAGAGCGACGAGUCGUAGACGGUCGUUAGAUUUUUGUGUAGAACAUCCUCUUCGUUACUAAAACGAUGACAGAUUCAGACAUUAAAGCAGAACAGCCCCAAGUGACAGUGCACACAUUUACUGCAAGCGUCACGGAUACCACCGUGUUUUAUCAAGUUAUCAAAAUGAGCGACAGUUUCCAUCUUUGGGUUGGAGCGAAACCGUCCCUCGAAAAUAUGGCACUUGCAAUGAACACCCGAUUUGAAUCUCUGCCACUUGCAACCCACUUGUUUGGAGACAGUUCCAACCCCAUUGCAGCGAGUCUGGCACAGAGGCUGGCUAAGAAGACUGGGAAGCAGGUGUUUGUGAGCUGUAACCUGGCGUACGAUCAGCUGACCAUGCCCGUCGUGGAGAAGCGCAUUACAGAGGAGAUGAAGAAGAGGCCGGAGAUGUUCUGAACCUUCCCAGAGACAUCUGAUGGUCUAAGUACAGGUUGUGGAGCACAUGGUAAUUCGUUGGAGAUCUCCCAGACUGGUCAAGGGUGCCAGCAUGCUUCCGACCCCUAUGGAUCUCAAGUAGACUGGGAUGGACAAGAGAGGAGGACAGCCCAUUCACACAAACAGGGGUGUUUUUGCAGUCACUUGCAUUUGGUCCAGCAGAUGAUGAAAAUGUGUAAAUGUAGAAUCUGUGCAUUGGUACCAUGGCACCCUCAAGACUAAUUAUGAUUGUUGACGAACAUGAAUAUGUGAAUAAAGGUUUAUAUUGUAGA